CCAAAAUGUGCCAAAUUUUCUCCAAAAUUGGGAGCUUGGGCUAGGCACCAAUAUGUCGGGUAUUUUUGGAUCAAAACCGCAAAGUAUGUGCUACUUAUUUGAAAAAGUUCCUCACUUUCACAUAGGCUAUUAUUUAUGCUUUCUAAAGCGGAACUUGAUAAUCUAAAUUGUUAAUCCAAAUGGGUCUCUUACACAUGUACAGAAGUUUUGCAAAACCACUUCUUGUAUAAAGUAUGUUCCAAACCACUAUACUGUGAAUCCUUGACUGAUUUCUGCUGUACUCGAAUUGCUGCCAGCACUCAAUGGACUUAACUUGUUCAAUCUGCCUUAAUGUCUUGUUCAAACCAGUUCAUCUCCCUUGCAACCACCAAUUCUGCAAGGACUGCAUAGUUCAGGCUUUGAACUUCACUGCAUAUCAAUGUCCUAUUUGCAGAUACAGACUUUCAAACUGGCUACGGAGAGUAAAAGAUAUGGAUUCAGUAAUUUCCGAAAGUAAAGAAAAUGAAAUUCGAAGUCUUUUUCCAAAUUAUUAUAAUGCCAAAGAAUCCGGAAUGUCUCCUUCUUUGUCUGAAUCUGAAAUCAAAACCCUUGCAGCGAAAAAUACAGAUCCUAUUCCAAACUGCUUUACCGAGCCAGGAGAUGUGCAUGAUUAUUAUGUGAAAGAGAUCGAGAAGUACUCAUAUUUACGUUCUUUAGAAGAGAAAGAAAAUGAAGAAGCUUCCUUAGCACUAGCUGCUCAGCUCCUAUUUGAAGAUGGUCUUAACUCGCCAGCAGAUGACAUUUCACCCUUUGAGUGCCAAGAUAAUAACCAUCACAUUGAAAAUACCCUUACAUCGAUUGCUUCUUCCUCAUCCAGAAGCAAAAGAGUAAAGAAAAAGUGCGAGAGAAAGAAAAUUAAGGCGAUAAAAACAAGUAAAACAUUGUUGGAUUACGCUGUCAAUACAGCUAACGUCGGACUCAAACCAGAAGUUGCAAAUGAACAGAUUUUGUGUGAUGAGACAUUUGCUCGGAGGUUGCAGAUUAAAUAUUCAAAACUAUUGGGUAAUAUGGAAGAGCAUAAACGUCUGAAAAGUAGAAAAUAAUAUUCUUGAUAAUUUUGUGAUUAUCUGCGUAACUAUUAAAGAAAUAUUUAACGCUACUUUAUUUUGUCAUACAGGAUAAAUAUACAGUGUUCAUAUUGCAUAGAAUUAAAUCAAAUAAACACAAUUACCUAUAAAAGUUAAUUUCUCGAAGAACAAUCGGAAGCUUACGAUUUAUCGACUGACUAUGUACUUGUCGAGACGGUUAACACUCAUUAGACCCAUGCUUUCUAAUUAACAUUCGAAAAGAACCAAUUUUGUGAGCGUAUUGUAUUGAAGGUUGAUAGUCGGAAGUAUAUUUAGAGAGCUUUUAUGUGAAUACUUGCGUACAAUUUACAAUGAACAUAAAAAUAAUCUUUGUCAUAUCAUACGUCCUUA